UCUUCACAGAUGGCGGGAAGAACGUUGGAUUAAAAUUGAAAUUGCGCCUUCAGACGAUUUGCAAGAGGGAGGGAUACCUUCCUGCAGAAUGGGUUACGAAAUCUACCUUGGACAACUCCAAGGACUUAAAACACAACCUGAAGAAAUUGAAGAACUUGAAAUUGGAAAGAAGCAUGAAAGCCACAUAAGAAUUAAUUUGUCUACUAGAAUGAUGAAAAACAACCUACUUCUAAUGGAAUCUGUGCUGGAAUACGAAAUCUGUGCUGAAAACCGAAAUCUGGAAGCAUGUGCAGAGAAAAUCAAAGUACGAAAAUUUGCUGAUGUUUGAGUAGGGCUGGCCGUAUGUUCCUCUUGCAAAAGUUCCCUUUUUGUUCUUCUUGUGCCAGCAGUUACUCAACCAUGGAUAGUUUGUUGAAGUAGUGGGACACCUCACAUUUUGACCUAGUCUAAUUUCCUUUCAGAUUUCGCCACCUGUGCUUUAUCAGAUAAAAUCCCCUUUUUAAUCCUCUCCUAGUUUCCAGCUGCCAUUAUCUCUUCUGUUUCAAGAAGAUAAUUACUCCAUAAAACAUUAUCUUUACCUCUCCUGUCUUGCCAACACAUGUGCUGAUCUGUCAUGGAGCUCAAAAUCUGAAUCUGACAUGGCUCAAACUCCUCCAGCCAAUAAAAAUUUUACACGUGA